CCACACUUUGAAGCCGAAUUCUCCGAGGUCGUCGUCUGCAAGAACGAGCUCCAUGAUACGUUGAACAGCCUGUCCCAGUGGAUGAAGGACAAGCACGUGGAGAGGAAUCUGGCGACCCGGCUGGACUCAGCCUUCAUCCGCAAGGAGCCGUACGGGGUGGUGCUCAUCAUCGCGCCGUGGAACUACCCCAUCAACCUCCUCCUGCAGCCCCUCAUCGGGGCCAUCGCUGCCGGUAACUGUGUCGUCAUGAAACCCUCGGAGAUAACCAAGAGCACUGAGAGACUCGUGGCUGAAGUGCUGCCCAGCUACCUGGACAAGGUAAGAAGCUCUCCCUGCCCUUGCCUCACGGCCAGGGUGUUCCCACCCCCUGCACACACCAAGCUCAUGGUGGGAUCCUCACCGUGAUGCAUCUUUUCCUGGCCCUCAGGCAACGCCUCCGUGGGGAGGAUCGUGAUGGCAGCCGCUGCCGUGCGCGUGGAGCUGGGGGGCAAGAACCCCUGCUACGUGUCUGACACCUGCGACGUGCAGAACGUGGCCCGGCGGGUGGCCUGGGGCCGCUUCUUCAACGCGGGGCAAACCUGCAUCGCGCCUGACUACGUGCUGUGCAGCGCGGAGAUGCGGGAGAAGCUGCUGCCCGCCCUGCGCGAGGCCAUCACCAAGUUUUACGGCCCCAACCCUCAGGAAUCCCCCGACUUCGCCCGCAUGGCAGGGGACAAGCAGUUCCAGCGGGUGCAGGCGCUGCUGCAGAGCGGGCACGUGGUCAUCGGAGGACAGACAGACGAGGAGGAGCGCUACAUCGCUCCCACGGUGCUGGUGGACUUGCAGCCCUCUGAUCCUGUCAUGCAGGAGGAGAUCUUUGGCCCCAUCUUGCCCAUUAUCAUUGUGGCCAACGUGGAUGAAGCCAUUGACUUUAUCAAUAGCCGUGAGCGGCCGCUGGUUGUGUAUGCCUUCUCCUCCGAUGUCAAGGUGGUGAACCAGGUCCUGGAGCGGACAAGCAGUGGUGGCUUCUGCAGCAACGACACCCUGAUGCACGUGGCGUUGACCUCGCUGCCCUUCGGUGGGAUCGGGAACAGCGGCCUGGGGAAGCACCACGGCAGGUUCACCUUCGAUACCUUCACCCACCAACGUGGCUGCCUGCACCGCAGCAUGGGCCGAGAGGCCUUCAAUAACCCGCGCUACCCGCCCUACAACCAGCAGAAGCUGGCGAUCGUCCGGACCGCCACCGAGGUGAAGCGCAAGGGCACCUGCACCCUGCUCUGA